AUGUACCCCCAAGGCCAGCAACAUGGCAAGCCAAUACUCACCCUCGCGGCCACUCUAGCUUCCAUGGCAGAGACCUGCCAGUCCAUGAACAGCCUUAAGCAAAUUCAUGCUCGCGCCAUCCUUACUAACCUCCACAGCCACUCCGUUAUCCUUGGUAAAAUGCUCCGCUUUAUUGCAGUCUCACCCUCGGGUGAUUUACCCUACGCUCACCGCUUGUUUGAUCAAAUGCCCCAACCAAACACUUUCUUCUAUAAUACCAUCAUUCGUGGCUACACUAAAAGCUCGUCUCCUUCUUAUUCAGUCCAUUUGUUUAAUCAAAUGAGGAAAAACUGUGUUGAUCCGGAUGAAUUUACGUUCAAUUUCUUGAUAAAAGCGCGAUCUAAAUUGCAUAAAAUUCAUAACUUGCCUUUAGGCAUGGAGUAUGAUGAGAUACAUGGGACAGUGUUGAAGCAUGGGUUUUGCUCCCAUUUGUUUGUUCAAAAUGCAUUGAUUCAUUUGUAUGCGGUGAAGGGGAGUCCAGCAGCAGCUUGGAGGGUUUUUAAUGAGACAGUGGGGGUAGAUGUCAUAUCAUGGUCUGGUUUGCUUCUGGCGCACUUGAGGGCUACAGAACUGGAGCUUGCUAGGCAGGUUUUGGAUGACAUGCCAGAGAAGGAUGUGGUUUCUUGGACUGCUAUGGUUUCUGGGUAUUCACAUGCUAAGCGUUCAAGGGAGGCAUUAGACUUGUUUUGGAAGAUGAGAGAUGCUGGAGUGAGACCAGAUGAGGUCACUAUAGUUAGUGUGAUUUCAGCAUGUACAAAUUUGGGUGAUGUGGAAACAGGAAUUAAUGUGCAUUCGUAUAUUGAUGAGAAUGGGUUUGGGUGGAUGGUUUCACUUUGCAAUGCUUUGAUUGAUAUGCAUGCAAAGUGUGGUAGUAUAAAUAGAGCAUGGCAUGUUUUCAAUAAUAUGAACAGGAAGAGCUUGAUUACAUGGAAUUCAAUGAUUUCUGCAUGUGCAAACCAUGGUUAUGUUGAAGAUGCGUUUGGAUUGUUUAGCUGUAUGUUGAAUUCGGGGGUUGCACCCGAUAGAGUGACAUUCUUAGCUCUUUUAACAGCAUACGCACACAAGGGAUUGGUUGACGAAGGGUACAGGCUAUUUCAAAGCAUGCAGAGAGACUUCGGAAUUGAGGCAAGUGUUGAGCAUUAUGGUUGCGUAGUAGACAUGUUAGGCAGGGCAGGCCGGAUAGAAGAGGCUUAUGAAUUAAUAGUCAGCAUGCCAAUACCCAGUAAUGAUGUUGUUUGGGGAGCUUUGCUUGCAGCUUGCAGAAUCUAUGCCGAUGUCGAUAUGGCAGAGAGGGUUGUGAAGAAGCUGUUGGAGUUGAAACCACAUGUAGGAGGAUACUAUAUUCUCCUUCGUGAUAUAUAUGUUGCUUCAGGUCGUACAGCCGAAGCAAAUGAUAUACGGCAAGCAAUGCAGGAAAGUGGAGCAAUUAAAAAUCCAGGGUGCAGUUGGGUGGGAGCAUAAAACUCUACGUGUUUUAUUUAAAGAUACGAGGGAGACAAGAUCCUGUGUCCUCUCUAUCUUCAAUGUGUUUUCGGCUGAUUUUAGUUGUGGAUCCAACAAAUAUCAGAACCAAAUAGGGCUGUUAGUCAUGUGAAAUUUAUACAUCAAACGGUUGCUGAGAACUGACACUUCAGGAUAUGUAUCAUCAAACAGUUGCUGAUGAGUUCUACAAUCACAUUCAUAUUUAAUAGUUGCUGGUAGAUGAACCGAAUGAUGGCAAGUAGGAGCAAUACUGUACAGCGUGGUGGACAGGCGCCUUUUGGAUUUCCAUAUUUAUUUUCUCCUUAUCAAGGAGGAAGAAAAUGAGGACUUCUGAAGAGAUGGAAUAUUAUAUUUCUUUUUUCCUGUCUCUCUACUUCUAAUUAAAUUUGAAAUUAGAUUGUUAUCAUUUUUCCUUGUAGAAACAAAGAUCAUAAUUUCAAUACAACUAUUAUUUUAAAAUUUA